ACCUCAAAUUCAACUAAUAUUUUGUAUGCAAUCAAGCAAAAUUUGGAAAUGCUGGUUGUUAAUUUUACUGCAAUUAUUACACAAGAUAUGAUUACACUCCUUUAUCAUUACCCAAUGCUGUCAGAAUUGCUAUCACAUGUGAAUGCAAUAUAAUUUUUGUACACAAUCAUUAUUUAAUUAUUGUUUUCAGCAUAAAUUAUGCCUUAUAAGGCCUUCUCCAGACAAUAUUUAUUGCAAGCUAUAUGAUAUUUGCUCCAAUAUUUGGCUAUAUUUGUGAAAGAUACAGUUGCAAGCUCAUUAUGAUCUAUUGCCUCGUUAUCUGGUCCUUAACAACAUUUCUUAGCACACUACUUAAUAAACACCUAUGUAAGCUUUUACUGAUUUCAUACAGUGAGUUAGAAGUCAGAUAUGUUAAAAACAGAAGGAAAAUGGUAGGUUAAUGAAUAGUUUGGUAUGUUCUUGGUUCAAAAGUAUCUUCCGCAUUUAGUGGUGGCAAUAAUUUUAUUAUAGAGAAAACACAGGGGGCAAAUUGAAAAGAGUCAGGGUGAUAUUGUUGCAGACAAGGAUGUUAUCAUUCGUCGUUCAUGGUUGAAUGAUGCGAAACAUAUGUUACGCUGACAGAGCCACAGCAUCCGCAGUCCUUAUAUUGUGGGUUUGUGUUUUUCGCUUCUACGUUCACUCGCUGGCUUCAUCGGUUCUUUCUUAUAAAAAGUUCUUUGAGGGACAACUUCGGGUUAUAUAUUAUUUAUGGCAUCUUCCGGCCUUUCUGAUGUCGCGGCGGAAGAAGGGGGAGCAGAUACGACAAAAGCCAAGCUAACCUCAGGAUGGUCCAAGCAUGGCAAAGGUUCCUGUCCAAAUUGUGGUUUGCAAUAUAGUUGCCGUUACAAGCCACCAAGUUGUUCAGGAUGCAAAUUUUGAGCUUGGAGGAUCAUAUGUCCCUAAAAAAAAGCCUCGUCCAUUGGUGCCUAAGUGUACCUUGGUGGUGCAGCCAUCAGACGGGUUAUCAAUCUACUCGGUUAAUACCAGUACCUAUGAUGAUCGAUGUAUUGUGGUUCGUGAAGAGGCUUCAUCUAUGUGUCAGCAUCACCUGUGUAAACAGAAUAGAGCCAUUCAUAUUAACAGCCAAAAAGUGGCAAGCUUUAGUUGUCAGCAUUUGGAAUCCACCAGAGAUUGUACAACUCCUCUUCAGACAUUCAAUGGGAUAUCAGAUGAGGUCAUUUCCAGUUAUCUCUGUGAUGAUGAAACAAAAAAAACCCUGGCAGAAGUGGCAAAUGCAUCAAAGGCACAGUCAUUUCCAGUUGUGGUGCAUGUUUCUCCAACUAUGUAUUGCAUCUUUGGAAUGGCAACCACAAACAACACUGUUGGAUAUUGCCAUGUCAAGGUAACGGAAAAGGAAAUUAAAUGCUGUUCCAAAGACUGCAAAGGUAUGUUGAAGAGCAAGCAGCAAAAGUCCCGAAAAGUUUGCACCCACAUUCAUCUUUUAUUGGCUCUUGGCAUUUUUACACACAACGAAUGUGUGUCAGCAGAUCUUCGCCCACCAAUAGUGACAGACAGUUCCUUGACAACAAUUGACAGAAGUGGGAGCAAGUCUCGCAAGGCAACCAUGGGACUUAAAAUGAAGUUAAAGUUGCCAUAUGUCAUUCCAAAACCCAUUAUUCAGGCAGCAGGUAAAAUGGAUUUUUCCGUGUGGCCAGAGCAGUUUGAACCAGACCAAACUUUGUGUGAUUUGUGUAAAAGUCCUCUUGGUCAGUCCAAGCCACACCCAAAUCAACGUGGGCGAUCAAUCAUAAUGACCAAUGGAUGUCCAUUCAAAACAGUCAAAAUGCUAGUCAAAGAUUGCUCAUGUUGCUUUGCUAUGCACCAAGUGUUUCUCUACACAUUAGGUCUGUUUAAUAUUAGUGACAAGGUUCUGGUGGCACUUGAAAUUCUAUUAGAGUUCCGAGAAUUGUUCAAAAGAGGAGUGCCAAUUUCUGUAGCCAUGAAAAGUAAAUUAGCCUUGAUGGUCCAGAAAGUUGAGGAAUCGCCAACAGAAAAUGAGUUGGAAAGUAUUGCUACACAUUUAUACAAUGGGUUUUAUUGCUUUGAGGCAAUAACUGAAUGCAAUAUGGAUUCAGGUGUUUGUGGAAUUUGUAGUACUGUUGGUGAAGUGUAUUUUGGGGAUGGGAAUGAAAAAAUUGCUGCAGCAUUAGCGAGAUUGAUUACUCACCACUACAAGAUAUAGAUUGUGAGGAAGAUGAUCCUAUUUCCCUUGAGAUGUUCUUGGAGAAAUUAAAAUACAAUUUGGUGGAAAAAACAACCUACACACGAUCGGAAAAGGCCACUAUCCACUUUUCCACCAUUCCACCAGUCAUAGCCCCAUCAUU